AUGAGUAGCACCGGCAGCAUUAGCAGCGAGGCGAGCAUAGCGCGGAGUGCCGACAAGGACGACACAAGCGACAGCUCGUUGCACCUUCCCGACACAGAACCGACAGAUGACAAGGAGCAAGUGGAAGGCGAUGAAUCCAUAGUCGACGGGGCUGGUCGCAAGGAGGAUGCAUCUGACAAGGAGCAAGAAACAAGCGCUACGAUCCAUGAUGCGAUCGCAUCCCACAACGAGAGGAUCGGCCUGGAUGAGCCUCAGCAACUCUGUCUGGUUGCGGACAGCAUCCUCGGCUCUAUGAGUGGAGUGGAAACGGCCAUGCUCCAGCUUCAUGAAUACGUCAAGACCGAGAACCAAGACCGCAAGCCGAUCUACCAGUGGGCCAGAUUCGAAGGCUACCGCGGCAUCGAUCGUGCGGUUGCCAAUCUUGACAAAGCAGGCGCCAAGUUCCAGGAUGUUCAUCUUCCUGCUAGCUUCGUCAAGACAUAUCUGAGCAGGGCUACCGAGAUGUCACUUACUGUCAGCAAGGCCGCUGUAUUCUGCAUGGGUGCGAUGAACGAACAAUUCACCCACUACAUCGAGGAGACCAACGUAUCAAUUGACGCAGAGGCUAAGAUUACGGAAGAGCUCAGGAAGCUUCUCAAGCAUGGAUCCAAGGCAACAUAUAGCGUGUAUGCGGCUCUCGAUUUGCUCCGCAACAAGCUGCACAUCGACGAGUCCAGUCAUAGCCGCGAUAUUCCCAUCAUCGAAAAGCUGAUUGCAGAGAGCGAGGCCCGCUUGAGCGCCUCACGCGAGAGCUCCUGGUGGACUAUUGCCAAAGUAGUGCUCGGAGCAGCGACGAGCGCUGUCAUUGCUCUCGCAGCAGCGCGCAUGUACGGCACCAAUGGCUUUAGUCUCGCACUCCCGGCCGACUUCAACGGCACGCACUAUCAGGUCCUUUCACUCGUUCAACGUGCUCAAGCUUUGACCAACCUCACCGGCGAGCUCUACUCCAUCAAAAUUGACGAUCUAGCUCAGCACCACAAGGAGCUCGAACUCGCCUCUGAGUCUCACGGUCUCCGAAUCGAUAAUCUGGUUGAAGCACUGGGCGUCCCCAACGAGGAGGGUACCUACUUUUCGUCAAUGCCGAAGCCAGGAAUGGGUUGUACAACAAGGAACGAUCAUUCCUGCGUUCCAGAGAUCAUGGCGGACGCUAACCGCCAGACCGAGAAACUGCGUAGCGAGCUGGAGCACAUGCGCAAGAACAUGCACCGUAUGGACAUUCGCCUCAUGAAGCGCCUCGACAAGGUCGACAAGCGUGGUCUGUAG